AUGGGAGUGGAGGUGGAUGAGGCGAGUGACCGCGGGGUCGGGGCGCUGCUAGGUUUGGCGGACCCAUGGCCAACGAGUGGGCGGAAGAGGAGGAAGCUAGUGGCGGUGUGGGUGGGGGAGGUGCGCGCCACUGCUGCUGCUGCCAUCGAGGCUGAGGUGGAUAAGUAUGCCAAGGCGGUGCUGGUGGUGUGGUGUGAAGGGCGGUGCUGGUGGUGUGGUGUGAAGGGCGGUGCUGGUAGUGUGGUGUGGAGGGCGGUGCUGGCGCUGUGGUGUGAAGGGCGGUGCUGGUGGUGUGGUAUGAAGGGCGGUGCUGGUGGUGUGGUGAGGGAGCGAAGUGAGCUGCAGCAGAUGGAGGACCUGCAGGUGUUGAAGAGGGCGCAGGUGGUGGACAUGAUUACGUCCGGGGUGGCCAAGAUGCAGCGCCUCAUCACAGCGCUCAACCCGCAAGUCAUCAUCGUGGAGGAGGCAGCUGAAGUGCUGGAGGCGCACAUCCUCACGUCCCUUAUCCCGUUGACCCAGCACGUUAUACUCAUAGGCGACCACAAGCAACUAUGUCCCAAGGUGGAGGUAUACGACCUUAGCAAGGACUCCCACAGGGGCUUCGACCUGGAUAUCUCUCUCUUUGAGUGCCUCGCACUCUCCCGGCAGAUCCCCGUGUACACGCUCGCAACGCACCGCCGCAUGCGCCCGGAAAUUGCCGACCUCAUCCGCUACACCAUCUACCACAGGCUUACAGACCACCUCUUUGUGCACGGGUACCCUGACGUGCAGGGCAUGGCAGUGAAUCUGCACUUCUGGGACCACGGCAGCCCUGAGAGCGGUCGGGACGACCUGGGGGGAGGCAAGUCCAAGUCCAACGCGGGGGAGGCAGCCAUGGUGGUGGGGCUGGUCACGUACCUGCUGCAGCAAGGGUACACGGGAGGGGAUAUCACCAUCCUCACACCCUACGUGGGUCAGCUGCUGAAGCUGCGCCAGGCGCUUUCUCAGGUGGUGGAUGUGCGUCUGGGGGAGGGCGAUGCCGAGGAGGUGGAGAAGGCAGCAGAGCAAGCGGGUACUAGGGGAGGUGGACCUGGGGGGGGAGAGGCUGAUGGGGAGACUAGGGGGCGGCGGGUGGGGAAGGGGAAGGGGCUAGGGCUGGGUUUUGCUGCACCGAAGGCGACCAUGGCAAAUCUGAAGGAUGCAGUGCGGCUUGCUACCGUUGACAAUUUCCAUGGCGAGGAGAGCACGGUGAUCAUAAUCUCCCUCGUGCGGCACCAACCGGACGGUGACAUCGGGUUCCUCAAGAGCCCCAACCGCACCAACGUGUUGCUCUCCCGCGCCAAGCACGGCAUGUACCUCAUUGGCAGCGCCAGCAGCACGCGAGCAGCGACCUCCAAGGCCUCCCUGUGGCCGCGCAUCAUGGGCAUGCUGGACAGAAAGGGGCACGUUAAGAGGUUCAUCCCGCUACGCUGUGCGAGCCACGCGGGCAUGGUGACGCACAUCCAGGGUGCGGGCGAGUUCAAGGAGAAGGCCAGCGAGGGCAGGAGAACGGUGAAAGUGACGAUGCCGCUGUGCGGCAACGAGCAGGAAGUCAGGUGUGGCGAGGCGCCCACCACACUCACCAACCCCAAGCGCUGCACCGCUUGCUGCGGAGCUCUCAUCUCAGACUCCUACGGCCAUGCCUGCAUGUCCCUCUGCACUCACUGCAUCGUUGCUCCAGCUGCUAACACUGACCAAUGCGUGCCUCAUGACGUGCCAACACAGCUCCUGCCCCCAACCCUGCCACCGGACCUGCUCCGCCUGCAACGAGCCUUGUGGGUGGAGCUGCAGGCACCAGGGUCGGUGCUCCCUGCCCCGCGGCGCUACCUGUUACCGCCUCUCGUGCGAGCAGCGGUGUGA